AUGAGAGAGAACAGUAAUAUUACAGAAUUUAUCCUGCUGGGCCUCACUCAGGAUCCUGCUGGGAGAAAAGCAUUAUUUGUCAUGUUUUUACUCAUCUACAUUGUGACGAUGGUGGGCAACCUGCUCAUUGUGGUGACCAUCAUCACCAGUCCUUCCCUGGCCUCCCCGAUGUACUUCUUCCUUGCCUCUUUAUCGCUCUUGGAUGCUCUUUUCUCCACUGCCAUCUCACCCAAGUUGAUUAUGGACCUACUCUGUGAUCAAAAGACCAUCUCCUUCACAGCUUGUAUGAGCCAGCUCUUUAUAGAGCAUCUAUUUGGUGGUGUUGAUAUUGUCAUUCUGGUGGCGAUGGCCUACGACCGUUAUGUAGCCAUCUGUAAGCCACUGCACUAUUUAGCCAUCAUGAAUCGAAGGCUUUGCGUCACUUUGUUGAUAUUCGCCUGGACUGGAGGUUUUACACACUCCCUGAUUCAAAUUGUCUUUGUGUACAACCUUCCUUUUUGUGGCCCAAACGUCAUUGAUCAUUUCAUUUGUGACAUGUCUCCAUUACUGGUACUUGCCUGCACAGACACCUACUUCAUUGGCCUCACUGUCAUCGCGAAUGGUGGAGCCAUGUGUAUUGUGAUCUUCAUCCUCCUCUUAGGCUCCUAUGUGGUCAUCCUAAGGUCUCUUAAGACUCACAGUCAGGAAGGGAGGCGCAAAGCCCUGUCCACCUGCAGCUCCCACAUCAUGGUGGUUGUCCUCUUUUUUGUUCCAUGUAUUUUUAUGUAUGCCAGGCCGGUUUAUAACUUUCCUAUUGAUAAGUGCAUUACCGUUUUUUAUACAAUUAUCACUCCCAUGUUGAACCCUUUAAUAUAUACCUUGAGAAAUUCAGAGAUGAAAAAUUCUAUGGAAAAGCUUUGGAGUAAAAUGCUGCCUGCAGAUUAA